AUGUAUUUUCAGUACACGUUAGGAGCCAUUUUUAUUGUAUUUAUUUUGUGCGUUCAUUGUGAUAAUGCUGGUGUUAACAACGAAAUCUUGGAGAUUUAUGUUCCGUCCUCUCCGCAGAACCUCACGGCGAAUAGAGUUAUAUCAGACGAAAUCCAUCUCUCGUGGGCCCCGCCAGCCACGUACACCGUGCACAUCCUCGACCCGACCCACCGCAACGAACAAACCCCAACACAACCAGACCUACAAGUCAUACCCAAGAACACACAGGCGGACGCCCCAGUCCAAGAGCCGCAGCCGGAGAAACUGAAGGACUAUACGUACAAUUUAUACAGGAACGACAGACUCAAAUACAACGAUGAUUUCUCAUCUUCCGAUAUAUUGACGGAUGAUUAUAGAAGUAGGAGGGACGUCAGGUCCCACAGACAUAGGAAACGGAGGCAGGAUAACUCGACUCACGAGAAGAGCGACGUGGAGACGCACCAGGCCUUCGAGUUGCCGAUUGAGGUGGUGAAGAAGUCUUCGCCGGCCAAAAUUGAUAUCACUCAAAUAGCGUACGUGUUGUACUAUGAAGAAGGUGUAGCUAUCAGAAAGGGGUCCAGCGAUUCCAUAAUCGUGACCGGGGUGCCCACUUCGGACGAGAUCAAGAGGAGGAACGUGUUCAGGAGCGACCUGGGCAUGGAGGAUUACUUGAACGCGACGAAGAACCUCACGCUGUUGAAUACGUCCGGUGUUCCUACGAAGGUUGUCGGGUUUCGGCUGAAGAAUUUGAAGGCAUUCACGCCGUAUAAAAUCUGGGUUCGAGCGUUCUACAACUUCCAGCUAACUGGUGUGAAGUCACAAGAUCUGCUGCAGCGACUGGGACCCCAAUCAGCUCCGUUAUACGUCCUUUCUGACGUUAACCCGCCGUCUGCUCCGAUUGUGUUGAAUCUGACGUGUGAUUUACCAAACAGGAUACUCUAUCUACAAUGGCGUCAACCCUUGGAGUACAACAACUCGCUAGAUCAGUACGUGGUCACGUUGAGGAAGAUACCAGAGCAACAGCCGAGGACUACGCUUACCCUGUCCACGAACAAGGACGAAAUUGAGACGACGAUCAGUGUUAAGGUAGAAUUAUGGAACGAAACUCGUUACGAGGUGAAGAUUUACGCUGUAACGGUGUCCGUAGCGAGGCCAAACGCUCUAAUCAAUGGUACUGAAUCUCCGCCAGAGCUUGUAUCCAGUGAGUGGUGUACGGCCCAUUCCGAAGCCAUGUCUCCGGCUGAAGUGGGAAAAGCGAUGCGUGGAGCGGACGCUUCUGUCGCCCUCCUGGCAGCUGCUUUGAUGAUCGUGUUAGCAGCCGCUACUGCUGGAUUGUUGUACUGGAGAUGCAGAUCUCGCCUCAGCAAGUGUAUCAGUGCUGCGUACAACUAUUUGGAAGAAGGGGGUGAGAGGGCAGCCAGGGCACCUCUUAACACUUAUAAGAAACCAGUGUCCCGUUCGUCCCCAAUGGUGUCGUGCGGCACAGGCGUUGGUGCGGGCGAGACCACGUGCGGGCGUCCACCUCGUAUGGCCGGCUCGCAUUGUCCACUUGUGCGUGCGCAGUAUUUCCCAGCGCAUGUCGCUAGGUUGCAUGCGGAUGGAGAUAUCGGAUUCAGCAAGGAGUACGAAGUAGUGGUGGCCAAGUCAGCAGCGUUGGGUCACACGAGUCAUCACAGCUACAGACCGGAAAAUAGACUGAAAAAUAGAUAUUUAAACAUCACAGCCUAUGACCAUUCGCGCGUCUGUGUCUCGUCCGGAGGUCGGUGCGGCGCGGCUGGCUGCGUGGGCGCAGGUCGCGGUGCCGCGUGCGAUUACGUCAACGCAAACUUCAUAGAUGGCAUUCUUCCCGCCUUGGAUGAAGACACCGUUCGGCGUAUCGAGAGAAGACUGGAAAGAAGAAAUAGACCUAAUAGACAACCAUCAGUGAAAGCUAUCAAACCACCGCCGAACCUCGCUGAAGGAAUCGAAUCGGCCUUCCUCAAUAUCGAGUUUUCUGGUAUCGUAGAAUCUGACGAUCAGAGGGACUCCGACUCGGAGACAAGCGACGAUGACGAGCAGCUAGAUGAUGUGUUUGUUAAUAUUAAUGGUGUAGUGCGACAAAUAAAGUUGGAGUGGGUCGUAUGGAAGCGGCGAUAUAUAGCAACACAGGGGCCUACACCUGCCACACUGGACGCGUUUUGGAGAAUGAUCUGGCAACACAAAGUCAGGACACUAGUCAUGAUCACAAAUCUGGUUGAAAGAGGACGGCGGAAAUGCGACAUGUACUGGCCGUCUGGUGGGCGUGGGAGUUCCGCUGAAUUUGGCGGAGUUCACGUCACCUUGUUGUAUGAAGAUGUUCGUGCUGCGUACACAAUACGACACCUAAAAGCCACUCCUGUCAUCACGGAACCAGGUACAGAAGAUAGCCCGGAUAGAUAUAGGCAUAUAGUCCAAUACCACUACACUGUUUGGCCAGAUCAUGGCACGCCCAGGCAUCCUCUGGCUGUGCUACCCUUCGUAAAGGCCGCUGCUGAUCCGCACACCGUACUGGUACAUUGCAGCGCCGGUGUAGGUAGAACAGGCACAUAUAUAGUUAUAGACGCACAAUUAAACCAGUUAAAAUUAACGGGAACCCUAUCCCCACUCGGGUUCCUCUGCCGUGCACGCACACAAAGAAACCACCUCGUACAAACAGAAGAACAAUACGUAUUCGUCCACGAUGCCUUACUUGAGUACGUUAGAUCUGGCAAUACUGAAGUAGAGUUCUCCAAAGCUCGGGAAUACCUGAUCAAACUAUUAGAACCCAUAUCAGAGGAAGAUCUAGCCGUAAUGGAUGUAAACUCGUCAAAAACAAAAAGCAUCAACGAUUUGACAACUGUAGGAAAUGACGUCACGAGUAUUAAAUCUAACAGCGAUAACAAGACGGAAAUCUUGGAAAAUGGAAGCGAAAUGUCAUUGAAAACAGAUGAAAUGAGCGAGCCGAGCAAGUCAUCCGAUGGCCAAGAAAAGGAGGUGUUGGUUAACGGAGAUGAGAGCGAAGGCGUAUAUGAUUUGGCACCUAGAUCAACUGACACCUACAGUAAGAAAAUGGCGGCUUAUAAUAGCAUGAGUGAGGAGGAGAAAGAGGAAAUAAGACGAGCAAAUCGAGCAGAAAACUACGCUUUAUUAGAACGUAUGCGUUCGCUAUCUAAUCGACAGCCGACAUAUCAAGGGCCGCCUCCUGUCAAUUUGCUGGAAAAACAAUAUCAGCUUAUAACUCGAUCGUGCGUUGAACCAAGUAUAUGCGCACGAGCAGCACACAAUUCGGAGAAGAAUCGACCGGGCGGUUUCUUACCGUCAGAUUCUGCUAGAGUGAUGCUUGUUCCUAAACCUGGGGUGGAAGGCAGUGAUUACGUAAACGCGUCCUGGGUGUGCGGAAGACGGCGCAUGCGCGAAUAUGCUGUUGCACAGCAUCCGGGCGAAGGCGGGGAACUCUGGCGAUUGUUGUGGGACCACACCGGACAACUGGUGCUGUUCCUGUCAGACUCAGAGCCGGAUUACGAUGUAUUUUGGCCUACUGAAGAUGGUCGGGAGCUAUUCAUAGCAAACUUUAGGGCUAGUUUUGUGUCAAAAGAGACCUAUGUGGCGCAUCGCCGCUCAGAUAAGAAGCCAGUAGAAACGCCCCAAGAACCAGAAGUCAACGGCUACCGACGGCAGGAAGGUUCCGAAUGCGCAGAUGACGAACGUUUAAUACCAGAAAAUUCACCAAUCCAAAAUCCAGAAGUCCGCUUCGACAGAACCGAACUCCGCUUAGACUCGCUCAACGGCAGCAGAGAUCUAUCAGCCCGAAAGUCGAUAGCCAACGGAGAUCUCUUCUCGUCAUUAUCAGAGAAGAAAAACGGCCCCAAAUCUCCGCGAAGCCCUUCAAAGAUGUCCCUAAAGAACUUCAAGUUAAGCUCGCCCACGAAGUUCAAAUUUCCCGAAUGGGGGGCCAGAGCUGGGUCUCCACCCGAAGAAGCGCCGCCUCCGCCUCCAAUACAACCUUCCCUGACAGUUGAAGAAGAGAUGGAGCUCCACAGGCCGUUAUACUACUUUGAAAGAACAGAAAACACUAGUGAUCUACCGUCAGACAGAGUGAUUGAAGUAACAAAUGUUAGUGUGCAUUCGUUGCAAGACGAUUAUCAGCUCAGUGUUAAGUUUAUUAAGUGCUGUGGGUGGUUGACGGGUGACACCGCAGAGUACAGUGUUAAUUCCCCGGACGAUAACGUGUACGUGCGUGGGGUGAGGCAAGGGUCGGGCGCUGAACGGGAGGAGGCUUUGGACAGGCUAAUAGCGCCAUACCGGGACUCAUUUGCCUUGAUCGAGUUCGUUGCGGGCUGCCAGAUGGAGUAUAAGAAUGGGCCUGUCGUUGUUGUUGAUAAGUAUGGUGGUUGGCGGGCGUUGAGUUUCUGCGCUCUAAGUGCAGCCUGUGGAGGCGCGAGGAAUCCCGACAUCCAAGAGCCAGGGGCGGAGCACGCCACGCCCUGUACGUCAGCGGAUUUAUACUGCGCAUGCGCAUUACAGGCGCACGCGAGGUGCGCACAACAACCCUCACCAGUGCCAUCGCCGGCCCCGCCAGCUGCACCAUUACCGCCGAGUGCGGUGCUAGCUUGUUACUGCGCAUUGGCUGCAUAUACGCCUCGGUUGCACGAGCGUACCAGCUGA